UUGCCUCAACCGGCCCCGGAAAGAUGUGGGAUUACGGUUCUUUAGUUCACUUCCUCAUCUCCGGCUUGUCUUUAAGAUUGUUAUUUCCGUAAGGUUUAGGGGAAGAAGUUAUUUGUAGCCCACCUAUGGAAUAAAUAUAUUUAGGGAAUAUCUCUUUAAUGGCGGCGAAGAAGUGUCUCUAGCUGUGUGCAGGACAACACUCACAGUAGGAUUCUGACUGAGCUGGCGGCACCAUGAGGUGACAACUGUUUCUUCUUGGAUUUCUUCCAAAGUGGAAGAUGGCCAGGAUCACUUUGUCCUGCCUGCCGGCCUCAUGGCACUGCAGGGUGUCCUCGCUCUCUCUGGGCUGUGCUCCCAGGCAGAAGAUGCUGCUGCUGCUCUUGUCCCUCCUGGUCUCCACCCUCCUCAUUCUAGGGUUCCGUGACAGACAACUGUGGGGUCCGCAACGUCGGCCGGGCGGAGUCAACAAGUACCUCUCCAUUGCAGAGUCCAUGGAGGCCACAGAUGUCCUGGACCCUACUCUGAAUUAUGGGAUCGUGGUGGACUGCGGCAGCAGCGGCUCCCGGGUCUUCGUGUACUACUGGCCCCCCCACAACGGUAACCCCCACACCCUGCUGGACAUACGACAGAUGAAGGACAGCGACCGCAGACCUGUGGUCAAGAAGAUCAAACCUGGUAUCUCCACUCUGGCCAAGAGCCCGACUCAGGCCAGCGACUACCUCCAGCCUCUCCUCAGCUUCGCCGCAGCUCAUGUUCCAAAGAACAAACACAAGGAGACGCCGCUGUACAUCCUGUGCACCGCAGGCAUGAGGCUGCUGUCAGAGAGUGAACAGUCGGCCAUUUUGGAAGACCUGAUCACUGACCUUCCCCUGGAGUUUGAGUUCCUCUUUUCAAGUUCCCAUGCUGAGGUCAUCUCUGGCAAACAGGAAGGAGUGUAUGCAUGGAUCGGCAUUAACUUUGUGUUAGGACGCUUUGACCACGCAGACGAGGAGGACGUUACGGUCGAAGUGACCACUGGGUCUCAGAACCAGCAGUCAAUCAGCAGGCGGCGCACAGUGGGAAUCAUUGACAUGGGUGGAGCUUCUCUGCAGAUCGCCUACGAGGUGCCAAGUGCCAUCUCGUACAAAUCACCACAAGAGGAGGAGGCAGCAAAGAGUGUCCUCGCCGAGUUCAAUCUGGGCUGCGACGUUGACCACACGCAACACGUGUACCGCGUUUAUGUGACCACCUUUCUGGGCUUCGGAGGAAACAUGGCCAGGCAGAGAUACGAGGACCAGCUUUUAAAUGUGACACUCAACAAGAACAGGUUUCUGACCACGCAGACAGGACUCAGCGAGGACAAACCGUACCUGGACCCUUGUCUUCCCGUGGACCUGUCGGACACAGUCAGCCGGGACAACAACACCAUUUACCUCCGAGGUCAGGGAGACUGGACACGGUGUCAGCAGGUUGUACAGCCAUUCCUGGGACUUCACAACGGGACCAUGUCUCCAGGUGGUGUGUAUCAGGCUCCCAUCAACUUCAGCAACAGCGAGUUCUACGGCUUUUCAGAGUUUUAUUACUGCAUGGAGGACGUGCUACGAAUGGGAGGACAGUAUGACAGCCAGAAAUAUUCCCGAGCUGCCAAAGACUACUGCUCCACCAAGUGGUCAACGCUGAAGCAACGCCUGGACAAGCAGCUCUUUGCUCAACAAGCCGACAUUUACAGACUCAAGCAUCAGUGUUUUAAAUCCGCCUGGGUGUUUGAAGUACUGCACUCCGGUUUCCGUUUCCCCACCGACUAUCGGAGUCUGAAAACGGCACAGCUGGUUUAUGACAAGGAGGUCCAGUGGACCCUGGGGGCCAUCCUGUUCAAAACCCGCUUCCUGCCGCUGAGGGACCUGCAGCAGGAAACUCUGCGUCAGAACCACCCCAGCUGGCUGCGCUCCUCUUUCGUCUACAACCACCACCUGUUUUCACUCUGCAUCCUGGUGGUGCUGCUCGCCAUCCUGCUCUACAUCCUGCGCCUGCGGAGGAUCCACCAGAGGGAGCAGCGACAGGCCGAGGCCCUGAACCUGCUGUGGGUGGAGGAGGGAGAGGCCCUCCUCCCCUGACACCCACGCCCCCUUUGUCACGUCCUUGUAGCCCACCAACCACACCCAAGAGCCGGUGUGGAGCCGCCCCGGUGUGGUCCGUUGAUCUGCCCACGUCUACAGGAUGUAAACACGCUGACGGCCUGGAGAUCAAACUCCUCCUCCGUCUUUGAUGGAGCAGCUUGAAGCUCAGCGCCGGUGUCAGGUUGGAGACGUGUUCUCCUGGUUUUACUUUCUUCUUCUGGGAUGAAAAAGAGUGGCCUGUGCGUCACAUGAUCAAACAGAAACCCUUUCCUUUUUUUUCCCCCCUCAGUCAAAUGUGUUUGAUGGCAGCAGAGCAACUGAGACUGGAUUCUGACAGUAAUUGCCACUGACGCAGGAGAAAGUUCAGUGUUUCAGAUCCUUCAUCACAAAAAGAAAAAAAGAAACCUGAUGAAGUCAGAGAGACAAAAGAAAGGUUGGAUUCCCUGAUAUUUUUGGCUUUGAUUGUCAGACAUCUGUAGAAAACUGUCAGAAAACAUUUGAGUUGACGUUUUACAAAGCUACUGAAAAGAAGAGGAACGACGACGAGAUCAGCGUACGGAACAUUACGGACCGUUGACUCUGUUCACACACCUGUAUAAAGUCACAUUCCCUGUUUUUUUUAAGCUGUUUCUCUGUUGUGACUCAGUCUGGUGCUGAGUGAACCUUCAACCCUUCACUGGUCUCAGGGCCUGGUGUCAACCUUCGGUGUGAAACCACACCACCAGCGCAGCUACUGUCAGGAGAUAGUGUUUCAUCGGCGCCCCUGCUGGUCCCUGGUGGAACCAUUUAUCUCUGCAGAGAUCAAGACUCAGAUUGUUCUUCCAUACUUGAAUGCCACCGUUGUCCUGCCACUCUCAACCACCCCCCCCCUCCCCACACACACACCACCUCCACCAGUUCUGAUAUUAGUCACAGCUGAUGACGAGAUGUAUUUUAACCGAGAUGAGACAGACUCAGACCUCCAACAGCUAACUUUAGCUGAAACCAAGAGAACAAAUAAGUACAAACAAAAAAGUAGUUUAAUGACCACAGUGAAGGGGGCGGGGCCAAAGGACCUUUGUUUAAAACAGGGAUUUAUAUUAACUGUACUGUAAAGCUGUAAAUGAAACCACUGUCUUGCCAAGUCAUUGUCAUGUUUUUUUUUCUGCUGUUAUGAAGAUGUUAAUCUGUUUCUGAGGAGCAGAUCCUGAAACUGCAGGAGUUGAAUCAUGUCAGUCCCAAACUGGGACUUUUUCUUUUUUCUUUUUACUGUUUGUAAUUAAUAUUUAUGGACCUUAAUCUUAGACAAUAACACCGUGGAGAAAACCCGUGGUUAACGUGUCAGUUAAAGGACGUCAGGUUUUAACCCGCUUUUGUCUCAACUUCCUGUCCGACGCUGCCGUUACCUCUCACUCCCUGACCUUUGUCCUCCUGAAUGUGGCUUCACAGAAAUUUUCCGACCGUCUCGUCUCGGUGGGCGUAGUGCAAUGUCGGACAUCAUUUCCCUGAAAGGAAAACCUGUGAUGUUAUUAUUAACUGAGGAAUCUGUGAACGUGAACACAGCUGGAUCCAGUCCAGUAAAGUUUUUCAACAAGA